UCUCUCCACAUUCUCUCCCAUUCCCUAUAUAUACACACACCUAUAGAUAUAUAGCUAUACAUCUACCUAUCCCCGUUAGCGAACACGCAUUAUUCUCACGCACACGAUUACCGUCUAUGAGAGCCAUCAGGCACAGCUUUUCACUGUUCAAUUGGCGGCCUUUUCCUCCUCCUCCUCCUUCAACUGCCUCUGCACUUUCAUCUCUCCCAAUUAUCAUGUCGUCACAAUCAGAUCAAUCUUCGGCUUUCGAAACGCCCAGGUUGGUUCUCAAGAAGGUGUUGGCCAAAUCUCAACAUGAAGGUGAUGGUGCUGUUGUUAGGAGAGCCCUCGGAAGGAGCGAGUUGAAGAGUUUGGAUCCCUUUCUGAUGAUGGAUCACUUCUCAGUGUCUCCACCCGGAGGUUUCCCUGACCAUCCACACAGAGGUUUUGAAACUGUCACAUACAUGCUGCAGGGAGCCAUAACUCAUCAAGAUUUUGCUGGGCAUACGGGUACCAUAAGAACAGGUGAUGUUCAGUGGAUGACCGCAGGCAGAGGAAUAAUUCACUCCGAAAUGCCUGGAGGAGAAGGAACCCACAAGGGAUUGCAGCUAUGGAUCAAUUUAUCUUCCAAAGAUAAGAUGAUUGAACCAAAUUAUCAAGAACUUCCAAAAGAGGACAUACCAGUAGCGGAACAAGAUGGGGUUGAAGUGAGGGUUAUAGCAGGAGAAGCAAUGGGAGUUCAUUCACCUGUUUACACCAGAACCCCAACCAUGUUCCUUGAUUUCUCUCUCAGCCCAGGAGCUGAAUGGCAUCAGAACAUUCCAGAAUCAUGGAACGCCUUUGUUUAUGUGAUUGAAGGAGAAGGGGUUUUUGGGUCUGUGAGUUCUUCACCAGUGGCGGCUCACUAUGUGCUGGUCUUGACCCUUGGAGAUGGUCUAAGUGUCUGGAACAGAUCUUCAAAGCCUCUGAGGUUUGUGUUGAUUGCAGGCCAGCCACUAAAUGAACCAGUGGUUCAAUAUGGACCCUUUGUGAUGAAUACACAGUCUGAGAUUGAAAAGACCAUAGAGGACUAUCAAUAUUGCAAGAAUGGAUUUGAGAUGGGGAGAUAUUGGAGAUCUCAACAGUAAUAUGGAUAGUAGAAGAAAAUAUCAGAAAAAUAAAAAUAAAAAAUAGGAUGGUAUCCUUUUCAACGUCAUUAUCUGCAUCCUCUGGGAGCAAUCAAAGUAGUAGGAGCUGAAAAGAAAGAUUGAUUGCUAAUUCUUUAGCAGCAAAAAAAGCUUCUAGAAGAUUAAAAUUGCUGCUGAGGCCAUCAUAUGCUGUCACUAGAGUCAUGAUGGGCCAGCUUAUCUUUAGUUCAUCUCUCACUCUCUUUCCCUCCCUGCCCCAGCUUUCAAUAGAUAUGUUCAUAUAUUUAAACUUUGUGCGUGGUAGUUCAUGACAGAAAUGGAUUUCUAUUUCAGCUUUCUUUUGAGGGCUUUUCCCCCCCUCAAUUUCUAAUAUAUUUUCUUUUCUGGUGGUGGAUUUGAGGGAAGGAUGGGUCGGUUGGCUUUUGUUGUUGGGUUGACAAUCAUGCCUUACACCCACAGUUGACCCUCCACCAAGAAUUUUAUUGCAGGAACCACUUAGCAAAAAUAAAAGAAAGAUCAGUGGGGCAUGAA